AUGGAGUCGAGUAGACGGGUUUCUAUAGUGGUACCAGAUGCUGGAAAACCUGCGGAAAAUCCGAGACGUGUCUCAAUCACUGUUCCGAAUUCCAGGACGGGCUCUAUAACAUGGGAAGCGUUUGAUAGGACCAGGAGAGCCUCCAGAGGAAAGCUGCACGGAUACACCCAGGAGAAGCCGGGGAUGGGGGAGUAUCUGUGUAUUGGUGAUUACAUCUCUCUCUACUGCGAGGAAACGGAAGGAUAUGUUUACAGCGGUCAGUCAAGUUCCUCAAACAAUGGAUUGUUUGUGUACAUUAACCAGGAGAGGAACCGGCCUAAAAACAUACCAAACCAACACGCCGUUGUGUUUCAAAUAUGCAUACAAAACAGAUACAAACUCAACAAGAAAUACAGAAAAUGGCAGAACGCAGACAACAGAGAAAACACUUCAACAGAAAGUCCUGCUGUUGCCAAACACGGCCUUGCACUGCAAGCUCGGUUGGCGGCAGAGGCAGAAAACAAAGAUAAUGAAGCAGAACAGGCAAGGCAGUAUGGAAAACGGGUCCGAUAUGGAGAGGUUGUACAGCUGAAGCACAUAUUUACAGGGAAGUUUGUCCACAUGAGCACCACACAGACCAGUCAGAAGGACAAAAAUAACAUGAAGGUAUCGUUACAUGAAUUCAACGCCAAAAAUGCCCAGUUCCGUAUCCUACCUCGAUACAAAGUAAAAUCUGAAGGAGAAGUGGUACAACUGUUUGACCAGAUUGUGUUUGAGAGUGUUAAAUCACAUGGACACUACUUCCAUGCCAGUGAAUCCUUCCAGAUUGACCACUUUACGUUUGGUUCUGAAUUGAACCUUGGAGUGGAGCGGUCCAGCUUUACAUUGAUAGGAUGUUACCGUGAACAUGCUGACCAGGAAAGGUUUGUCAGGGGUGGAUCUGUGAUACGCCUGUUCCACAAGGAGUUAGAAGCCUACCUGGUAGCUGAGGGACUGUUUGAUGACUGUAUCACAGAGGAUGUUCACUUCCGUAUCAGGGUGAUUGACCAGCACAGACCAAAGUCCUUGUCAGCCUCCACCUCUGGUAUAACAUACUGGCAGAUAGAGGCGGAGCAUAGCAUACUGGAUGGGGAUGUAAUACGAUGGGAACAACAAAUCCGCUUACGACAUUUGUUGACAAGACAGUACCUGUGUAUAGACUCCAAGAUGGACGUGUCAUUGGUUAAUGAUGCUAGCGAUCCCCGUACAGUAUUUAGACUCCACUCGGUACUUAAGGAGCGGGAUGAGAUCCAGUUUGAGAGCUAUGCACGAAUUGAACACAUGUUGACAGGAUGCUGGCUGCAUGCGCUCAAAGAUGAGGAUUAUGAACGGCGUGGGAUGGAGGAUAAUGGUGAGAGGUCUAUGCAGGGCUUACGAUGGGACACAGCUUCUGUCAGGAAGGUGUCAGCGAGCAGUGAGAGCAUGUAUGAUGACGCCUACACGAUACAGGAAGUGGUCAAACUUGACACAUCAAAUUUUAACUUUGUCGCUGGAAUGGUGCCGUUCCUGUUUAAUCUAAUCCAAGAUCUACAGUUGGCAACCCAGCUGAAUGCCAAGAAAACACAUGGUAUUAUCGUGGCGUUACAAGAGUUAAAGAACUUCAUGGUGCCUCAAGGACAGCCAGACAAAAACAGACAGAAGUUGAUGAGGAAUCUAAGGGUGAUAGACAUCUUAGUCAACUUACUACAGUGUCGUUUACGGGAGGGCGAUGAGGAGAGUCACAUGAUCAGGAUAUUUAAGGAAGCCUAUGAUGUGCUCCAUGCGUACAUGAUUGGCAAAAGUCGCAAAAAUGCUCUCUACUUUGCAAAGUACAUUGACUUCUUCCAAACUCAGUUCACCCAGAAGGGAGGUAUUGGUCUUAAUGUGGCCCAGAUGAUCGUUGAGCUGAUCCGGGACAAACGCAAAAUAGUAGACAGAAUCACAAAGAAACACAUUGAUACAUUCAUUCAACUUCUCAUCAAAAACCAUAACUACAGAUUUCUGGACUUGUUACAAGUGUUGUGUGUGUGUGAUGGGGUGGCCAUCCCCAACAAUCAAAGCUAUAUAGUGGAGCAAUGGCUUCGCAAGUACAAGACAAGUGUGUACAUGAUGGAUCGAGGACAAAACAUCAACAAACGUCCAAACAUUGUGUAUGUGUCAACAGAUGGGGCCAAGGGAUGGGUACCUCUCAAUGUAUUUGUAGAUACAGAGGGGCCAGAUUUUGUGGAGGAUGACUACAAAUUCCUGUUACACCAGCUUGAUCUAUUCAAGGCUCUGUGCUUUGGUCGUAAUGACUUUGCUGGUUUUGUGAUCACACGAGAGUAUGGUUACCUGACCUGGGAGGAUGCGUAUCUGUGUAUGACUGCUGAACAGCUCCCUGACAUCAUACGAGCAAAGUACUGUGAACUCAUCAUAGGUCUGUUUGUAGAUGUGGGGAACAACUACUCAGUACUAGACCAUCCUAAUAUCUGUUUUGUGUAUGAAUAUGUUGGCUCCAAGGAUGCCAAAGUGGAGCAUAGUCAGUAUGUGGUUAUGGACCUUGUCACCAUAUUUCCUGUACUGAGAGACUGGUUAGCAGAGUUUCUACGUCAGAACUGUCAGAUGACUGCUUCAGAAAUAGGUCACAACCUGCUGAUAGAACAGGUGUUGCGGUUACUACAACACCUGGUGAAGUUUGGGUACUAUCUGGAUAUAGAUGAUGUCAAACAGCUGCUGACUCCUCUCCUAAGUCUUCUAGAUGGUACACAUGACGUACCAUUCCCUAAGGACAAAGGCAAAGGCUAUACGAAGGACUCCCAGAAGCUUGUAACACAGUACAGAAACAAGGGUAGAUUUGACCAGAGCAAGGAGAAUGAGGCCAUUGUUAAUGCUAAGUAUCGUGCUAUGGAGGUAUUAGACUUCCUUCUCACAUUCCAACGGAACCUCAGGCUAAAAGCCUUUGUGACCAAGUUUAAGCAAUGCGAGCAGAACCAAGGCCAUCGCACCUUGGAACCUCUGAUGUAUGAGAGCUUCAACCCACAUGACCAAUCAAAUAUGAUACAGCCCGGUUGCUGCAGGCGGAGAGAGGCCGACAAAGUGAUGGAUCACACAAACAUUGAUGAGAAGGUGGUUCGCCACCAAAAACAGGUGUUGAAAGAACUCAAGGAGAUGGUCAGUUCGUCAUCAAUAUUUGAUAUAGAGAGCACCACCAGUGUACUAAAGGAUCUGUCUAUGUACAGUUAUGACAAGAUGGUUACCAAGUCACUGGAUAUACUCAAUAAGCUCUACUCAUCUCAAAGUGACAUGUUCCAGUUAGCGAGUAAGGCCCAGAUCUUACUUACACAUGACUCAGCAAAAGUCCACCGGGAGGUCCAGCGCAGUUUACCAGUCCUCCGUAGACUGGCCAAACAGAAGCUGAACGAUGAACAGGUCACAUUAACAGGAGAGAUUCUGGAUGAAUUAGCAGGGUUCUGUCACCUACCAAAGAACAUAGAAGAACCCCACUUUAUGAACCAGAACAUCCUUGUCAGCCAUGGUGUUUUACCUGCCAUAUUGGACAUUCUCUCUCAGGAGAUUGAUGCCAAGCUUGUGGACCAGCAAUACAAGGGGAUGAAGAAGAUCUUUAAGAAGACACUAGACUUACUGGCACUGAUCACACGAGAGAACAGUGCUAUGCAGGAGGCCAUGUUCAAUAACUUGGACACACUGUUGGAGGUCCAAAUUGUCCCUUCGUGUCUCGCACUGGCACUCAAAGAGCUGUUCAUCGCUAACCAAACCACAUGUCUAAAGGUGCACUCCAAACAGGUUCAGAAGAUUGUGCUGCUGGCGGCACAAUACCAGAAUGAGGCUCCUGAGUUUCUAGAACUCCUGAAGGUUCUGGUUAAAGUAGAGGGGCUAGACCUGACCAUCAAACGCAAUCAGGCCCUUGUAAUGAAGUACAUCAUGCAGAACUUCCGUAAGGCAGCCUAUGUGUUGGACCAACCAAGAGAUAGCAGAGAGCAGAUUUUGACAAACAAACGAGAUCCAGGUCAUCUUGCCUACUUCAUCAGCCUAGUGGACCUUCUAGCAACCUGUGCAGAGGGGGAGAACAAAUUUAUUGAGUCUCUGUGUCAGACCAUUAUGCCAGUGGAGGAGAUUUUAUGGGUGUUGAACCACAGGGAUAUUGAUGGUAACCUGAAGCAACCCUUUGUCAAGUACAUGUUAUGGGUAUACCUGAAACCUGCUGGGAAUCUAGUGGAGAGUGGAGCUGCUGACCUACAACAUGACAAAGAAAUGUGGAACUUUGUGGCCUCUGCUGCAGAAACCAUCAAACAGUUAUCAGAUACAAUAACAAAACACAGAGAUCGAGUAGCCCUACUGCUCCGACAGCCUCCUGGUAAAAGUGCUGUUGCGGUGGCUGGAGACACCAAGGCGACACUACACGGCUGUAUCUUCUAUGUACUGGAGGCUGUCCUUCCAUUUGUAGAGGUAUUCUAUUCCAUGUUCUACUCUCCCGACAAAGAUCUCUACCCAGGAGAAAUGGACACAACAGAAACCCUUGCUGGAGGGCUAUCAUCCUUCUGCGAGGUGGUCGGCCAGUUCCUUACCAAUCCUGUCCAUAUGAAGGCCAUAGCUGCCUCUAUCACUAUCCUCAUCUCCGUGUCAACCACCAACAAAAGUCUAUAUAUCAGUGUGUUGGAGAAGUUUUCCACAGAGAUGAGACUUGGAGAUACAAAAAGUGCUGUGCGCAAGGGAAAUAUGGAAUACUAUGCAGGAGAGCUAGAACUCAAUGCCAAGUUCCACACGUUUGCCAAAAAUAACAACAUCAUCUAUCAGGGCUAUAAUACAGUUGCUGCUCAAAUCAAAUUCAAGAAAUCAAAACGAGAAUACACAGCCUUGGGUACCAAUGAGGAGCUGUUAUUAGGUGAAGAGUUCCAAAGUCUUGUCAAAUGCUUCAUUGAUGUCCAUGAGAGAAAACCUGCCAAGAGGUUUCUACCCGCCAAAAAACUUCUAGAACAGCUGCAGAUAUCCCAGGAGUCAAUCCGUCAAGGUCUAGCCCAUACUGAGGAGCUGGACAUCAAAUGUAUGCAGAUACUACGUGCCAUUAUACACAAUGAGGAACGUAAACUUCCUGAAGACUGGGAUACAAGGGCUGCCGACCAGAAGAUCAAAAAACAACUGUUGUACAUCAAGGAAGUCCAGAAUGCUGUCAACGUCCAUGGAUUUGUGGAGAAAGUGCUUCCUCAUGUGGCUCGGCGGAGCGAUCUUAUUGCAAGAGAGGUCCUGGCAUUCAUGUCACUUAUGCUCUUCAAUGCAAAUAGGGAUGUGCAGAAAUCCAUGCUGGACUUUUUCCUGUCAACGAGAGAAGAAGUGUUUUUCAUGGCUGUACGAGACCGAAUGCAAAUCUCAACAAACUCCAUCAAGGAAAAAUUCUUAAUGGCAAGAAAAUGUCGGCGUUUACAAGGGCGUUCUUUGUUGGCCCAACAUCAAGCUCGUGUCAAAGAAGCCUUUAACAACAUGGGAUCGUUUAACGCCAGCUUGACUGUUGGUCGUAAGGCACUACAGCUCAUUCAGGAUUAUGAACUUCGUCUGAAAGAUGAGAAAAUGCAGGGAUGGAGUGCCUUAAGUCGAGCUAAAGAGCCUCCACAUGACCAAAAGAGACGAAGUAAAAAACGAAAAACUAAACAACAAGAAAGCUUUAAAAAGAGCAAGAAGAUAGGUGUGAUUCCGAACGGACUGUCACAUGACCACAGUGUGAUACGUGACAACAGUCACGAAGCCUUAUUGAAACCAGCCCCUGAAUCACAGGACAUCACUCCAGAAGUGGAACUCUCCAGUGUCAAUGUAGAGUCGAUGAAGACGGUGGAAAACAUGGUCAGCAACAUUGAUGAGGGUGUGGUAGAGAUGCUGGAAUACAAGGAUGAUGGCUACAUCGAGCUGGUCCUCAAACUUCUGGCCAGACUCUGUGAUGGUCAACAUAAUGGACUUCAGAACUACAUGCGAGAACAACCAGACAAUGUGAAGUCAUUUAAUAUUGUAGGGGAGACAGCUCAAUUCCUUAAUGUUGUGUACUCCACCAUCAACAGUAAAACUAUCGACCUCAUCAUCCAAGUGUUCAGCACACUGAACGAGUUUUGUUCUGGAAACCAGGAAAACCGAUUUGUGAUAUACGAUAGGAAAGUUGUGGACUACAUUAACUUUAUUCUGAGAGCUGGAGAGAUCGCUGACUGUGAGCCAGAGAAGAUCCUUGAUCUACGACAGGCCAUCGCAUCCCUAGUGGUGGCUCUAAUAGAGGAGAAUGGACCUGGCAAGUCUCAGGUGGCUAAGCAAGGCAAAGCAGAUGAGCUCAGGUACAUCCACAAGGAGGUGAAAGACACACUGGACAAGAAUGCCCUGUACAGGUGUAUGACACAGUGUUAUGAGAUGCAUCAGGCUGACAAACCUAAACUGGACGAUGUCUUAAACAGUGGUCCUCAAGGCUCCACCAGCUAUCUCAAAUCUGCCAAGUCCAUUGCUGCUUUUGGAGGGAACUUCAUUUCAGGAGUCAUGGCUGGUAAAAAGGAGAAUGCCAGUACAAAGGAGAUGUUGAUGGAGGUUGGCUUCACAUUCUACCUCAUCCUUGCCAGAAUGAUCGACAUCGACCCCACCAUGCCUGAGAAGGUUGACAUUUCCCCGGAACAGCGACGAGCAUUUGACUUCUACAAGAAAAAUUCCAUGUCUAUAGAAAUUGUCAAAGACGAUAUUCUACAGAAGGUCAACUUCAGAGUGAAGAACAAGAACUAUCUACGUGAUGAAGUUAAGGAGAAACUCAAAUGGAACGUGGAUCGGACAUCUCCAAGUAACAAGAUUCGUGACCUAAUGAGUUGGACCAGAGACAUUAUGAAAGAUAUCAGUUAUCAACGCCGCAUACUUCACAACCCUAUAGCCAUGCUUUUCACAAAAGGAUGGUUACUUUGGAACUAUGGGGCUACAUUCCUAAGCGUGGCUAUCAACCUGCUGAUGUUACUGACGUGGAACAAUAAAGCGACCCAGGAGGACUACGCUAAGUUGGCCGAAUAUGGAUCAACGCCUGCUCCUUCACCUGAUAGCUCCACCGGUAGUACCCAACCUCCCUUCAACUGGGACGUGUUCAAGGAUCCAGUGCCGAAAAUAUCGGGAAUUCCUACCGAAACAUAUACUAUACUGAUGUAUGCCCUGGGAGGAACACACAACCUCUUCUCAGUCUUUGUUCUCAUCAGUUACUUCCUGUCUAACCAUCCAAGUCUUCCAACUUGUAAAGAAAUCACUGACCUCAUCAGGGGCUGGUUUGGGAAGAAAGAAGAGGUGGACGAUUCAGGAGAACAAAAAAAGGAGGAGGGGUCUAAACUGGAGGUCAAGUUCCUCAGUUUCACAACAUUUUACUAUGUGGUAUUCCUGGCUAUGUCUGUGAUGGGUACUCUCUUCCAUGGUUACUUUUUUGCAUUCCAUCUACUGAACAUUGUCAACAACAACCAACUCUUGAGUGGAGUUAUUAAAGCUGUCACCCAGAAUGGUAUAUCUCUACUAUGGGUGGCCAUCCUAGGGAUGAUUGUGAUAUACAUAUAUGCCUUGGUGGGGUUUGCCUUACUGCGGGAGUUUUUCACCCCCGGGGACUACCUAUACUGUACCAACCUGUGGCAAUGUACCAUCACAGUCAUGAGAUACGGCCUUAUUGGGGACAUGUUUGAGACAAUCCACCAGACAGAGCUGAGGAACUCAUUUGAAUAUUUCUGGCCUCUUGUACUUUACCAUGUAUCUUUCUUCAUUUUCAUCACCACCAUUGGUCUCAACAUCAUCUUCGGUAUCAUUGUCGACACCUUCUCCGAACUCAGGGAUCUCAAGUGGAGGACAGAGUCAGACAUGAAAGAUACUUGUUUUAUCUGUAGCAGAAAUAGCUACGACUUUGAACAUACAGGAAAGGGAUUUGACCACCAUGUGAGAAAUGAACACAAUAUGUGGGCGUAUGUGUUCUUCCUUAUCCACCUUGAUGAUGUGAAGACAAGUGAUUACACAGCCAUGGAACUCUACGUCUGUAAACUGGUGGAGGAGGAAAAUUAUGACUUCUUUCCUAUGAACCGUGCUCUUUGCCUCUCCUCUAUAGAUGUAGACUCCACCGAGUCAAAGAUUGACGAGCUACUACAGCAAGUUACAACGAUCGCCAACAAACAGAAACAGGAGGAGGCUGACAAGAAGAGGAAAGUGGAGAAACUAAAGCAAAAACGUUGGCAAGAAAAACAUCGUCAGUUUAUGUUUGGCAUUUCUACUGAGGACAUCCAUCGUGAAGGCGACACUGAUACCUUGCUAGGGGUACCCUUGGGUCUUCAGCCAAUGCGUCAGCGAUCCCGUCCCUCCAGUAUAGUUGAGGCACCUGUAGCCAGUCGACCACCUCCAAGGCAAGGUAUUUCAGGAUUACAAACCUCGCCAGACAGAUCUGACUUCAGUGAUCUUCCACCUCCUCCACCGCCAAUAAUUAAAAAACCAGACAGUUUACAAACAGUGCCAGAGGGUCUGUUUGCUCCAGGGAUGUCCCUGACAGUGGAAGGACAGAGAAGGGUGUUCGGUGAUACUUCUGAGGAGGAGGAGAGGGGAUCUGACUCUGACUCCAUGGACAGUCUGGAUGGAGAGUUUACACUGGCACAGGACGAUCCUCCCUCCCCUCCUAGCACCCCACCUCGUGCCCCUCGUAACCGGGCUCUCUCAGUCCCAAAAGUAAAAACCCCAUCACAGAUUGAUGAUGACAGUGAAGACGAUGGUACGCGAUGCUAA